AUGAAACCCAUGUUGGACAAAAAGUUCGGGAUUCCGUUGGCACUGCUUCUGAACAUUCAGAACGUCGCUCAAAUGAUUGGGAUUGUGCUCAUCGCAGUCGUCAGAGUAAAACUACGUUUUCCUCCGUUGAAAGUAAUUUCUAUCGGUGAGUCAAGCUCAAAAUGAGUUUUCCAAUGAAAUCUUUGUUUCAGCGUUGAUUUUGAGUAGCAUUGCAAUGCUUUUCUUGGCGGCUCCAGAAUGGGUCAAUUUCGAGACACCGCAAUGUGAGUCUUUGCAAGGCCGAAAUGCGUCUUCUGCUAACUCUACUUUGUCUCAGUGGGCUGAAAAAAGUUGUGUACUUGAAAAGAAGGUGAGAAAUUUUAGGAUACGUUCAUUUUUUAACUUUCUCUUCUUAAGAGAGCUUUCCACGAUCAAUUGAUCUGCAAUAUUCACGACAGACGCAACAGCUCGUCGCCAAAACUUUCUUCCUGGGAAGAAAGGCAGACAAAUAUAGUAUGUUUUUAUUUACAGCGAUUUCCCUCAUGAUAACAAAUGAUUCAGUAUGCGCUGGUUCUCUUUGGCAUUGGACAGUGUCUGGCCGGAUUCUCUUCUGCUCCUUUUAUUACUAUCGCCUUCUACCACGUCUAUGAAGAGUGCAGCAAACGAAAGGAGGAAGAAAAUCAACCUUCUCUUCUUCUGGGUAAUACUUUACGCUUAAUUCAACUUCACAAGAUUUUUUAGGGAUUUUGACAGCGAUUUAUCUGACAGGACCGUACAUUUCUCAACCUUUUAUUGAAAGUAAGUUGAUACUUUAGAAUCGUUCAAACUCGUUAAUCUUUGGCAGGUAUCCCAUGGCUUCAAAAGUCUUGGAUUGGUUUCUGUGUGUGCGGGGGCGUAUACGCCUUGACGGCCAUCUUCAUGUUCUUUCUAUCGACGAAAAAGUAAGUUGCAUCGUCUGAAUACUGCACAAACUGAAUUUUUGAACAUUUUAGUGAGUCAUUGACGGAAAAAACUGCUCAAACGGAAACCUUGAUGUUAUCGUCACAAUCAGAACAUUUGGAGAAUACGCCUGUAACUGAAAAAGGACUUCUGAGUUGCUGUCUACGGGAACUGUGGACGAACUUAGAACUCUGCUCCAAAAGAAAGUUUUUGACCAUGUCAUCUGCUUGGACGCUGAACACCUAUAUCUUCACGGAAUAUCAACAGCAUCUAUCGGAAUUCAUCAGGAUUGAAUACGGAACACCUCACGAAAUGGCUGUCAUCUACACCGGCGUCCAUUCCUUUUUCUCAAUUGCGUUACCACUGGUUAUUGGUGGUUGCGCUAUGUCUAGGCUUGGCUCCUUUUCAACCGGUAAACUCAAAUCGACCGUCAAAUGGAUGGGCAUUUUCUGGUUUAUCAUCUGUCUCGCUUUCACCGCUGUCAUCUUCUGCGGAUGUCCAGAACCAACCAUCGAGGACACCAACACAGAAGGAAACGCAAGUUCAUGCUUGGCUUCCUGCGAUUGUGAUAGCGUGACACAAAUCUACCCAGUCAAUUUCAACGGAAAGAACUUCCGUACGCCCUGCCACGCUGGUUGCAUCGACUUUGAUCCAUUUUCAAACAUUGUAAGUAACAAUAUUGCCUAAAUGUUCAGAAUUUGUAGCGUCUUUUCAGUGGAGCAACUGCAAAUGCGUGGGCUACAGCAGCAUCUCGACGGGUCUCGCGUACAGUAACUGCAAAAAUUUGGUGCUGUAUUUAGUCAUUACGGGAGUCGGUUUGUUCGUCGGAAACCUUGUUUUCAUAACACCUAUGAUGACUAUCCUUAAGUGAGAAUCAAAACUUAUGAAUGAGUAUUUAAUGUAUAUUUGUUUCAGAGAUGCUCCCGUCAAAAAAGGCUUAUUUGCACUAUGUCUCGCUACUUCCCUUGGUCAGUUGUUGCACAUACUUGGUCAGUUUUUCCACAUUUUCAAUUCCAAACAAACGUUUUGUUAAGGAUUCAUCACUAGUCUGAUUUUCCCCGCACCGAUCAAGUUGACUUGUAUUCUGAUGAGCAAUGGGCACUCAGAAGGUUCGUAGUCUCAAAAACUUUUUUAAAAACUUGCAAAAAUGAACAAAAACUGAUUACAGAUGAUGAAAACUGUGUACUGCAAGACAACCUGUGGUUUACCAGUCUUUUCCACGGAGUUCCUGUCGGUUUCCAAGUUCUCGCUCUGUAUCUGGUCUAUCUCUACUAUAUCUCUCCGUCUGAGCAAGAAGAUAUUCCCAUGACUGAAAGAAACCGUGAACUUUCUGACUAA